AUGUCAGGUACAGAGCAAAAUUUACUAACUUCAAUGCAACAUAUGUCCAUACAGUCUAGUAACAGUGGUCCUACUGAGAAACCUACUCAAGUAGUCACCCCUGCUGUAAAUAGAAGUCAAUCAUCCAAGGUUACCCCUGUAAAAUCAAAUACAGUAUCACCAGCAAUUGCUACUAUUGAUAGAUUGUUAAGUUUAGGAUCCCCUGCACCACCUCCUCCCCCAGUCAUACAAAGAACUUCUGAUAUGGAUCCACACACAGUUGAACAGCUUAGAGCUGUUAAGGAGAUGCUUACUGCGCAGGAGGAGGAGGCCCAAAGCCUAAGAGAAAUAAAUCGUGAUUUAAGAGAUCGUCUGGAAGAAUGUGAGACCAAAAUUAAAAAAUUAGAAGAGCAAAAUAUGGAAUAUGCAGACAAAGAAAAGAUAUUAUCUCAGAGAGUCGCUGAGAAGGUUAAAAACAACAAACAGAUGAGUGUGGUGAUGGAGGAGUAUGAAAGGACUAUUUCAUCACUCAUUGGUGAACGGGAGUCUGAAGCCAAAAGAUGGACAGAAGAAAAGGUUACAUUAUUAAGAGAACGUGAUGAAGCUGCAUCCCAUUUGGCUUCCAUGGAACAUGCAUUUAAUGAUGUUCACAUAAAAUAUGAGAGAUGUAAGGUGAUAAUUCAGGGGUAUAAAAGCAAUGAAGAAACGUUGAAAAGAACCGUUGAAGAAAACACAGAUGCAAUACAAAAAUUAGAAGCUAGAUAUGAAACUCUACGGCAACAUGCAAUGCAACAAUUAAACAAAGCAAAUGCUGAGUUGGAUUCUGUAAAGAAAGCCCAUCAAGCUGAAAUUCUUAAGCUCAAUGCUAUGCUAAAGAAAAGUGAAGUUCAUGCGUCUUCCUUACAAGAGUCUUUGGCCCAGAAAAUCAAAGAUAAUGAAGAACUUACAGCUAUCUGUGAUGAGCUAAUUAACAGCCAUGUGGGGUAA